AACGUUGUAGAGAGGAGGAGAAAGUGGUGGCGUGGAAAUGACUCUUAACGAUUCGCUUUCUUCUCUCUCUUGUUUGGUAAUGGAAUGAGGAGAGAGAGAGAGAGAGAGAGAGAGAGCUUGUUUCUUCCCUUUCUUCUCCGUUCUGCUCGUAACUCCUUCGAUUUCUUCGCCUCCGUCUUCCAUGUGCUCCUCCUAAACCCUAACUCUCUCCUCACUCCCCCAUUGCUGCCCUCUCUCUUUUUCUUUCAAUCCUGCUCUACCGUGUUCUCAGCGUCUGCUUUUCUGGUUUUCCUUUUCUCUCUCGGCGAAGUUCGAUCUCUCCCUUCUGACUUCUCGGUGAUCUAGAUUUCCUUGAACUUUUUGAAGCUGGUUGAAACUUGAAAUGGCCAAAGGGAGCAAGGGACGACGCAGGUUGGCUUCUCGUCAAUUCAGGUCAAACCCAUAUCCACUCCCUUCUAAGAGGGGUUUCCCAGAGGAUUUGUGCCCAAAGGAUUGUGUCAGCGCUCUGGAUAAUAAGUACUGGGAAGAUGCAACAUGCUCCAUAUGCAUGGAGUACCCACACAAUGCUGUUCUUUUACUUUGUUCAUCUCAUGAUAAGGGUUGCCGUCCCUAUAUGUGUGGUACGAGCCUACGUUAUUCGAACUGCCUUGAUCAGUACAAAAAGGCUUACACCAAAGUAAUUUCAUCCAACAAUGCACGACCAGUAAGCGCCUCAAUUGAUAACCCAGGUGGUGUACAGGACCCAAGUUUGCUAGGUGAAAAACAUGAAGUGACCGAGCUUGCAUGCCCCCUCUGUCGUGUACAGGUGAAAGGAUGGACUGUGGUUGAGCCUGCCCGAGAAUAUCUGAAUACUAAAAAGAGGACCUGCAUGCAGGAUGGCUGCACGUUUGUUGGAAAUUACAAGGAACUAAGGAAACACGUGAGAUCAGAGCACCCAUCUGCAAGGCCUUGGGAGGUGGAUCCUAUACUUGAACAAAAAUGGAGAAGACUGGAGCGGGAACGCGAGAGGAAUGAUGUGAUGAGCACAAUCAGGUCGACAACGCCUGGAGCUGUGGUGUAUGGGGAUUAUGUGAUAGAAAGAAAUAGUAUUGGAUUUGAAUCUGAAGAAGAGGAAGAAGGGGGGUUGAAUGCAAAUGCUGCAGAGAGGGAUGAUGGGGGCUUCGGAGUGGGUUUUGAUAGCAAUUUGGUGAAUAUGUUUCUUCUGUUACAUGCUUUUGGUCCAUCAAGUGGCGACGACCUCAACAGACGGCUUAGACAGCCGGAGAGGAUUUUGUCUCCCAGAUCAAAUGAAGGAGCUACUACAGGUAUUAUUCCCAAUACCACUCCGCUUAGUAGCUUUGAUUCCAUUAACGAAGGCAGUGAUAAUGGAGGAAGUGAUGAGAACAACAAUGGGGGGACAAGACAGUUGGGGGGGCGUUCGAGUAGGAGACGUAGGCAUAGAUGAUCAAAUUGGGGGGGCGUGGCACAGAAACAGGAAGGAGGAGGGAGGGGGUAGGAAUAGGAAUAGGCAUAGGAAUAGGAUUAGUAAGCAUUUCUCAGGUACAUACAUAGCUUAAGAAAAAGGAGGGGAAAGUAGAAGAAAUUUGAAAUAAAGGAACGCAAGUUGUUGUGGUGGAGUUCUUAGCAGAAUUGAUGACAUGUUUGGUUGCCCCAUUGGAAAGGGGAGAUGGAAAAGUGGGCAGGUUAGACUGUCCUCCACGUAAUUUAUAUUGUGUAUUGUAUCAUUCCCGGAUUGCCUUGUCCUCCUCCUCUUCAUCAUUAACCUCAUUUGGUGGUUGAAAUUUACUUGUAAUCAUCUCAAAAUUAAUGUAUCUUCUAGACAUUGGUUCUUUUCAAAGUCAUUAUUAGACAAACGAAAUGACACACCAAUUUGUUUAGACAUGGUUUAUGUUACAUUUUUCUUAGCUUCCAAA